AUCGAGACCGUUCACUGUGUAGUCGAGUGCCAAAACUGUACAAGCAGGGAUAUAUACUGUGUGUAUGUUGGACGGAUAGCAAAUCUUCCUUCUUCGUAGUCUGUAGUAAUCUUUUGUAAUCAGUGCAUAGGGCUGUGAUAUCAUUAAUUCUACUUGUGUUAUUUUACAAGGGUAUUUAUCCAACAAAUACGUCACAGAACUACUACUUACGUUUCACGUGCGGAAUAUUUACUCUUCUAGUUUACUAUUUUUUCAUCGUUUUUAUCUUCUACACAAUGGCCACUACAAUCCAACAGAAAGACACAACUUACACGAAAAUCUUCGUCGGGGGCCUCCCCUACCACACGACGGAUACCUCAUUGAGGGAAUUCUUUGAUAAAUUUGGUGACAUCGAGGAGGCCGUUGUCAUCACCGAUCGCCAAACUGGCAAAAGUCGUGGCUAUGGAUUUGUAACAAUGGCAAACAGGGAGGCCGCCGACAGGGCCUGUAAGGAUCCCAACCCAAUCAUUGACGGGAGGAAAGCAAACGUAAAUCUCGCUUACCUGGGCGCAAAACCACGUGGUAUCCAGACAGGUACGGGAAUCCCUCUGGCCAUCAAGGGUUUGCCAGGAAUACUACCAAGUCAAUACGGGUUGCCACAGUAUGUAUACCCAUCAACAGCAUACCUCUCCGCCGCCGCGGCGACGUCGCCGAGUCUCCUGGCCUCCAUGCAACACAGCAGUUUGAGCCCGACAGCGGCCACCACCGCCGCCGCGGCCACCGGACAGUUCAUUGACUAUAGUGCUUAUGCGUCACAGUUCGCCAACAGCGCGUACGAGUUUCCAUACACCGCCACGACGAAUGCCUUUGUGACGCCGGCCGCGGCAUACACCUACGCCGUGCCGCCAACCAUUGCCGCCGGAGGCCACGCCAUCCACUAUCAGCCACAACAAAUUCAAGAACGAAUGCAAUAAUUAGAGCCUUAUUCAAAGAAUAUAUUUAGAACAUUUAUUUACUGCUAGGAACGACCAAGGAACUAUGAUCCUUCUCGGUGAUAAAAUAAGGAAAGGAGAGAUUUUCAUUCAAACACUUGGAUUCGAACCAUGAACGUGUAACGUGUACGCCACGGGAUACGUGUUAUCUUGCAUUCAUGUUACCUACGAUGACUAUCGAAAUUGCUGCGCCAUAAAUGGAACUCUUCAUUUGAUACAUGUGCGCGCGGAUACCCAUUUUUACCAUUGAUCUCUAUGCAAGGAACAGAAACAGGCUACGGACUGCAACUAAACGUUUACUUAUGUAUUUAUAUAUGACAGAAGCAUUGUAUUAUAUCAAUGCUAGUUAUAUGAGGUGCGAGUGAGAUGUCUGUAAGAUGAUACAAUAUGUUACUUGGAAGAUGAAGCGAGAGGCGUAACUGGAAAUUAUUGGUUACAAAAUCAGUUUGUACAUUCGUAUAUAAAUAUAAUUAACUCUGUAUUAUCAUUAAUAUUAUUAUUGUCAAAUACUUGUUUAUAUGUUAAAGCUUUAAUAAGCUAUUAUAUGUUGUCAUCGUUACUAUACAGUUCAGUUUUCAUGUUUCCAUCGACUGUCAUUUGUUACCAUGGCUACAACGUCCAGCUGCUCAGCCUUGCCGGUUUUCAAGGUCAUAUAAAUUUUUCAUUUUAUCAAUCAAUCACAUCAAAUGUGAUUUUUCUUGACAAAGGCAUAUAAAUUGAAAAGUCUGAUGCAUAUUCAUAAGUAUAAUUCAUAUUCAUAAUGAUUAUGGUAUCCUAAUGUUUUUAUUGAAUAUGCACCAGUUCAAAUCUGGAAUGGUUUAGUUUUAGACUAAAUGUUAUAAACUUUUAGAGAAAAAGCAAGAAUUUUCUAAAUCAUUGUAGUUUUUUAGAUUUAAAAUGACCGUAACAUAUUGUGUAUAUAUAUUUCAUAGUUCGUUCAUUAAUUCAUGAUAGAUAACCGUAUUUAGUGUAAAAUGUAUUCAUCUAUAUUCAUAAUGUGUAGGCACGUUAGUUAAUAGUUAAUAAUUAAAUCUGUUGUAAUUAGACUAGUGAAUCAGGCAACAAGAAUUAGUUAACCGGAUCAAAGGGUUUGUUCAACACCAUAGGAUCAAAGAGAGAUGCGAUCAAAAUAUCAGCUUUGAGAUAUGACCAAUGUCUCAAAAAUCAGAUGGUCGGUUUUGAGUUCUGUUCAAUGUCUAAACAUCAGAAGUUUUCAGAUCAUGUCAAUUCGGUCAAAUGAAUCUGUGCGACACCCUGGUUAACUUAUUCCGGAUAUCUAAGUCCGAACUUUGUUUCUGAUUUGUACCGUUUUCAUAGGAGUGUAGCGGCCCUAGCAAGUGCUAUAUUGAUAUUAAAAGUUUAGAAGCUGAUUACAGUCAUUCAAACCCAUUCAAUAUUGAAAAGUUGAUCUCGAAUCAACAAUGCAUGUUAACGUUGUCCACACUUAAAAGUCUAGUCUUUAUCCAAGAAAAGGGCGUUUUUCUAAAACAAAUGUCCAUUGGAAAUGCUUUUCAUACGAAAUCUACCAGUUAUUUGUACCUAAAAGUAAAACUAUUUAUAUAAGACCCGUAAGGUAUUUUUUUCCACCAAUAUAUUCCUAACGUGACAGCUGAUUGAGUAUGUAGUGCCUUGCAACGAUUAGCAGGAAAUAAACUGAAAUGUUUCAUGUAUCUUAUGAGCCCCCGCAAGGAGAUGAUACAAUUAUGUUAAUCAAAAGCUUUUUUUAUAUUUAUUUAUUUUAAUUUUAUAACUAAGAUAACACGGAAGUCUAUGUCUCAUCAUGACGCCAUUGAAUAACAUUGACAUAAAGCCCCAUAUUUAUUAUAUAAACACAACGGAGCGAAUGAUGAAUAGCGAAGCGUGAUUGGUUCGUUCAAAUUUUGAAAUUUGUGACGUUGUAAGCUUGUGUAACGGUUAUGUGAUAAAAGCAACACAGUGGUGAUACGAAUGAGAGGUUUAAAUGAGAUGAUGCAGAAAAUGAGAUGCAUUGAUUGGUUGUACAGUUGUCACAUGAUUGUGAUAGAGUUAUAUUUUUAUUUCUAUUUAUUAAAACUUUUUUUGAAUCUCAGUUAAGAUGGAGUGUGAGUUGAGGGGGUUUCAUCGCUAGCUUAAUACAAUCAAACAUUGACUUGAACCCUGAUCAGUUCCUCGUCCGAACCUCACAUUCACGAUGCCGCUUGAUAAAGAGAUGUGUUCCCUCCGAGGACAAAGGUACAUCAAAUGCAUAUAUCAGCUCAUUUAUUUAUUAUUAAGACCGGAAGUGACGUGUUUCUCCAACUCGCAGACCCACAAUGAACUUGAGAUCUCGAUAUGAAGUCAUGUCAUUGAAACAAUUAUGUAAAAUCGUGUGUUUGAUAACGCCGAUGGAAUGGGAGUCUGGGCAUCAAUCGGUUUUCUCGGACUCUCAAAGUCUUGGAAUUUUGUUUUGAUUGUCCCUAUGCCUUGUGGGAUAUUUUGUGUAGAGCUUUUCCUGUAACAUGAACCCACAGCAUUCCAUUAUGUGCCACUUUAAACAGCUCAGGGUAAAUGUUCCACAACUACUGUCCAAAUAUAAUGACGUCACGUCAUUCAACUAAUCAUACACAUGUUCAUUUUAAAAUCAGAAGAAAAUAUUAAUAUUGUUUUGAAAAAAAUACGUAUUUAGCAACAGAAGUUAAUUUUGAAAAAAAAAAUCUUUUUUCAAUUAACGGUCCACUUACUUACUUUAGAAUAGACGGGACUUUUAGUAAAGGCACACUAUUUAACGUCAUGUUACGGGCAUCGUUUCGUCACAAAGGAGAAACACCUCAAUUUCUUUUUAAAUGCAAGCAUUCGUCAUUUUUCGUAGUGCAAAUUUGUAUAUACGGCAUUUACCGAGUCUUAUUCGACAUGUUUCGUAAGCUAAUCUGCAUACACGAUACUUGCCGAAUGCUAUUCGACAUUUUGCGUAGAGCUAAUCGGCAUAUACGAUAUUUGCCGAGUGCUAUUCGACAUUUUUCGUAAGCUAAUCUGCAUACACGAUAUUUGCCGAGUGCUAUUCGACAUUUUUCGUAGAGCUAAUCUGCAUAUACGACAUUUACCGAAUGCUUUAAUUGAACAUGACUCCACCAAGAUAUACUAUUUAUUGUGGCCACUGCUUUGAGAAGCCAUCACAUGUAUGUAAAAAGCAGGGGCAGAAUAUUUGUUAUUUUAUUUAUUACCAAGCCGUCGUUAUUGUAUAUAGCGAAUUAAUAUGCAAAUCUGAUCACGUGACUAUCUAAUUUACAUAUUUUGUUUAAUUGUUAAUCUCCGUACAUCAUUUUGAUAUUUCCAUGAUGUAUAUUCCUGUUAGAUGGAUAGAGACAUACAAGAAGUAUUUAAUAAGUCGUACACAGUGGUCUUAACGAGUUUAUAUCUUCAUCCUUUCUCACAUGUUAAAUUAGAACCAGUAGAAGAAUUAUUAGGAACUGAAACAAUUAGGAACUUCAACAGUGUCGGAGUAUUUUAGUUAGUUCACGUGAUCAGCUAUGCAAAUGUAUCAUAUAUAUGUAAAUUUUGUUAAUCCAUAGAUGCAUCAUUAAAUAAAAUAUAUUGUAUGUAAAUUUAAAUUGAAUGGCUAACUUAUAAAACAGAUUAACUAAACUACGAAUCAUUUGACGAUCAAAUCUCGUCAUGUCUCGUAAAGUCUCGCUUAGUUAUCAAACAUUAUUUAAGGUAUUUAGUCAAAUCAGUACUAUACUUGAGAUGGGCAAAAUACCCAUAUGUAAGCAUAAUUUACUGUUAACGAUAAGACCAUUUAUUAUGUUUAAAUUUACCUAUGUUAAAAUCAUAAACAAAUAAAAAUGCAAAAUGUA